AUGGCCAAUUCAGAACCCGUCCAUUUCUUCGACAUCGCCUCUAUCCUGCCAGGCUCUUCAAAAUCAUGGUCCCCAAAUACCCUCAAGGUCCGCGCAGCACUUAACUUCAAGGGUAUCCCCUACACCCAAAGCUUCAUUUCAUACCCCGAUAUCGCCCCGCUGCUCGAGAGCCUCGACGUCGAACCCAACAAAAUCGGUACUCCGUACACCCUCCCCGCGAUUAUUCACAAGAGCUCCAUAUCCUCCAACCCGCAUGGCGCAAUGAUAGACUCUCUCCCGAUAGUCCUGCACCUAGACAAAGUGUUUCCGACCACGUCGCUCUUCCCCUCCGGUGACGCCAGCUACGCCCUCGCGCUAGCCGUCAACAGGAUUAUAAGUGUUGAGAUGCGUGGGUUUUAUGUCAAGUACAUUAUCCCGAACAUUGCAGACAAACUGGACCCGCGCGGACAUGAAUAUUUCGUGCGGACACGCACUGAGUCUUUUGGAAAGCCAUUGGCUGAGAUGCGGCCGACCGAUCCUAAAGUUGUGGCGGAGGAAUGGAAGGCUUUUGAGGCUGGUUUAAAGCCCGUGUUGGAGAUACUUCGCGGCCGCGAGGGAAAGAAGGGUCCUUUCUUUGAGGGUGAUAAGGCAGGAUAUGCGGAUCUGAUUUUGGCGUGCCACUUUGCGUGGUUCGAUCGUGCUGAUCCGGAACUGUUCAAGAAGUUUAUCGGGUAUGCUGUUGAGUUUCAGGUGCUUUGGGACGCCUGCCGGCCGUGGUUGGAGGGACAGGGUGAGGAGAAGGAGUGGCCGAUUCCUGGGCAGACCAAUUAA